AUGCCAGACGUAAGAGUAACUUCUUUAGUCAUGAUAUUUAUUUUCUUUCUUUUUCCUUAUAAGGGACAGAAGUUCAACGUCCCGGGUCAUUAGACGAGUCCACGACCUAUUCGCCGAUGAACGACUUUCCUCUGAACUGCCUGUUAGCUGCACGAAAUUAAGCCACGAUUACUUGGCAACAGCAUCUUUACUUCGGAAGUUCAGAAGGAGAGAAGUUCUUGAGGCUGCCUCGUCUACGGAGGGAAGAGUAUCUGUUUAUCUGUGAACAUCUCCGCAUUCUUCUAAGAGAGGAUAUUAAGCAUGGCUUCUGCAUCACAUGAACCCCAGAAAGAGGAUUGGACAAAUAUGGACAAGAAGGAGUUGGAGGCGCAGUACUCGCCCUCCCGCUGGUCCAGGAGGUACGCCGCCGACGAGAUCAUCGGCGCCCACGUCAGGGAGGCCGCCCUUCUCUCGAAGGCCGCCCGCGCUGACCUGCCGCGCCCCCCGCGCCUCGACGUCCCCUACGGCAGCGCUCCGAGGGCCAAGCUUGAUGUCUACGGGGAGGACCUGCCUGGCGACAGCCCCGUAAUGGUGUACGUCCACGGCGGCUACUGGCAGGAGCUGAACAAGGACCUGUCGGCGUAUCCUGUGAAGCCCUUGUACAGCGCAGGGAUCGUCGCGGUGAUUGUCGGCUAUGAUCUGGCGCCCCAAGUGAGUGUUGAAGUGAUUGUUGAGGAAGUGCGGGCGGCCGUGGCGUGGGCGUGCACGCUGGCCCAAGGGCGUGGCAGCGAGUGCGUCGUGUUAUCUGGAUGGUCCGCGGGCGCACAUCUGGUCACUCAGGUUCUGUCCACGUGGCCAACAGCAAAGUCAGAGAAAACCGCCUUUUCUGACCCGGAUUUGACCUCUUACGCUCUUGACCUCGUGAAAGGGGUUGUGACCUUCAGCGGCGUGUUUGACCUCCGGCCGCUCGUCGGGACGUACGUGAAUGACCCUCUGCGGCUGACGGAGUCGAGUGCGUGGACGCUGUCUCCCUUACGAGUGGUGGGUGACCUGAGCAAGACGUGGCCUCAUCUUCGCCUUCUAGUAACAGCAGGUCAACAUGAUUCCCCAGAAUUCAAGCGGCAGUCUCUCCACUACUCCCAGGUGUGUGGGGUCAGUGGCCUCCAAGCAGAGUACGUGGAGGUGGAGGCCGACCACUUCAGUAUCGUGGAGGAACUGUCGAGGGAGGACUUCUCGCUGACUCAGAGGGUCCUUGCCUUUUUCAGGAAGUGUCGGCAGAAGGAGGAGAUGAAGAAGGUGUAGUUUGUUCUCGGUGUUUCUUUUAUGUAGCACUGUCUCAUCCUUUUUUUUUUUUUU